AUGGAGUUGAUUAGGUACUAAGUAAACAACAGUGAUAAUUGGGACCGAAACUACCGAAACUACUCCGUAGCUGAAAAAUGCUCUCUUUCAUUCCCUCAUGUUGAUACUCCGUGAAGGAUUUGGAAGAUUUCAUCUGGAUUCUGCUCUAAGUGACGUGCUAAAACUAGGGUCUCACUGUCAGGAAGUCUCUUGAAGCAGUCAAAAAAGGCGCGAACGAUAUCUCGCAACGGCUGCUUUAGGUUCAAACGUAAUCGAGUCAAAAUUUGAUGGGACCCGUCCGAGCUGUGGUAGGUGCUCUGACCGACAGAAGACCUGCGGACAUAUGACUAGUCAAGAGAGAUAGAGCGUGUAUAAGGGCACCGAAAUAAUCCUACAGGGUCAGUCGCGGGAGAUGUUGACACAACACGGGGGUAUAGAGUGGUUCACGAUGUCCAAUCUUCGGUCCUCGCUCGUCGUCAACGAAGCUUUGGACACUGACUCGAUCAAUAUGACCUAUUAAGAGAUGAAAGAGAUGGCUUCGGCGAUGACACCGGGUACGCACCUGGCACAGAAUUUAGCUCAAUGCAUCGACACAUCAUUGCAUCCCUCCGCAGGACGCUUGCUAUUCCAUCGCUUUGUUUUGCCUCACAGCGCGGCUACCCCAGCACUCGUGCCUAGUCUUCUCGCACUGUCUGCCCAACAGCUGCAAACACCUUCAGCCUUCGCUCUCCGAGAUACCUUUUUAGACUAUCUGUUUGACUUAAGGGUUCGACUUAUGACCGAGGGCAUGACAAGAACUUGGAAUUCCUCCCAAAAAAUUGAUACCAUUUCAUCCAGGUAGAGGUCAGGCUUUUCCAGAAGACGCUCACGUAGGGUGCAAAGCAUUGGCAGAGUGGCGCCCGCGCCUGAUUGGCGGUGCUUUGGUCAUGCCAAAGCAGCGAAGAUUAGAUCGAAUAUACUUGGUGGAACGCUCACUGCAGCUUGCAACGUCGGCUAUUUGGGCAGUAGUCAAUGAUCUGCUUAUAAUCAUAUCGCGGAUCGGCUGAUGCUGGGGGGCAGCCAGGUUUGGAGCCAUUUUG